AUGCGCCUUCUCCUCGUCUGGCUGGCCACCUUCCUUUUGCUGGCCACCGUCUGCGCACGGCCAAUCAAACCUUUCGAAUACCUUGAGGAGACCAUGCACGCUCGCCUACUUCACGACGAAGUCAGGCUGCGGGAGAAGAGCAAGCAGGGCAGCGCAAGCCUGAAGUGGCUGGUCAAGAUACGACCACUUACCAGGCGACUUCUACGCCCUGUGACGGGUACUGCACCGAGAGCGUACGACCGGGUGAUGACCACUUCGGAAGCAGCUCGAGCUCGCUUCGCCGCUGCUUUUCGCGACCCUCGCGUGGGGCUCCCGAUCACUGCCGUCACCGGUGUCUCCGUGUUUGGAUGCCUGGUGUCGUGCGCUGACAUCGUCGAGCACUACAAAGAAGAGAAGAAAAAGCGCAAGCAGCGUGCCAAACAGCUGGAUUCUGCGAAAGCUAUGUCGCCAUCAGCCUCGACCUCCGCGUCAGCAUCUGAUGACAAAGCUCACAAGGAGACUGCUCCGCCUUCGCGGGCUACCAAUGAGGAUUCUCAAGGACAGCACGCGCAGGAAGGACUGAGACCACCUGCACCUCCGCCUCGCAAGCGAGACACAGUCGGCACUGACAAAGACGCCGUCCUCACUCCCGGAGCAAUGGCGGCAGCUCAUGUAGGCGCCCACCCCACGAAGCACAGUCUGAGCGAACCACAGACCACUAGAGCGGCACCUUUUGGGGCCGCCCACGACUGGAGCCGAGAUGAAUCGGAAGAAUUGCACUCAUUGAGGGGGAUGCGGUUUCUGCCAGUCGCAGGAGUCUCUGUGCUCUAUCGCAGGCUGUCUUCGGCCCUCUCCCGGCCAGUCUUGUUGCACGAAGCAGCUUCCUCUGGUGUCCUUCGAAGCCCGCUGCAGCUGAAGCAGCAGCGUGGUAGCGCAGGGAAACCCAUGCACGCAGUCGACGGGACCCAGACACACCGAGUGGCGACAGCACCAAUCGUGGGCACCUACAGUAACGCCGGCGCUGGUUCAAUAGGAUGGGUCACACCCACAAGGAAAGUACCGCCGACACACAAAACAUCAGCAGAACAGCAUCAGCACCGAGGGCUGCACCUUCAACGCGCGCACGGUCAACCAAUCUUCAAUCCCACGCGCCUUUUACGUCGUGGUGGCCAGGUAGCGUUUCAAAUUGUCACGCCCGUUCAAGCUCGUCAGCGCGUCACCUCGAACGACACCUUGUUGAUGCGCCCGACGUGUGGCUCAGAACAACCACGCAUGCUGCGGCGGCGUCAUGUUAGCUGGAAGCUCGUCUGCGAUGUGACGCCGAACGCACACACUGCGACACGGCGCACAUACAGGGAAAGCGUGUUGCCUACCAUAGUUCGAGUUCGGAGACGUCUUGCCACGCUUGCCUCGUUGAGACUGGCGAGCUUCGAGGACUACAAAUUCCUCGAGAGGCGAAGAGAAGACACUCGUCUCGACAAGCUUCGCAAGGCCGUUCAGAAGUGGAGAGAGAGAGCCGCGGGACGACAGACAGCGAGCAGUGCGCCUCAGCUCAGGAAGCGUGACUUGGCACGCCGCCCAUCACGCUGUGGACCGAAGGAGCACUCAUACGAGCGCGUUCAAUCGACGCUCCACAAGCGAUUCAUCAAUUGGAAUCUGGCCUGCCGCGCCAGAGACUUGUUCCGCAAUUCUGCAUCCUACCGCACAUUUCAAACCCAAAGAGAGAGAAUAAGACCGCAUCUCGCAAAUAACAGAGAGGCCAUGGUCCUCUUUGGGUUCGAUAUGAACAAGGGUGCUGCGACGCUACCUGUCCUAUUCGUGCGGAGUGCAUCGCAAACUGGCGAUGACCACCCAAAACAGUUAGCCGUAGACAAUGAUUGA